CCCAGGACAGCCUUCCCGUGCCCGGCGUGAGAAAUGGUGCGGCGGGGCGACCAGCGGGCAGCAGGGGAGGCGUGGGUCGCGGGGUGUGAUCGGUAAGGUGGCGUGGGCGGGUGAGGGUGAGCCAUGGGUCGCCACGCCGCCAUCCAGACCUUCCUGCUCACGCUGACCGGCUGUUCCUGGAUGCUGCUCUUCCUCACCAUCACGCUCUCGGACCACCACGUCUUCAGGAGUUACCAGGCUGUGAGCAGGGUGGCCGCCCACACCCCGCCCCCUGACGACACCGACCCGUGCGAGGCGUGCUGGGGGGCGGGGGAGGAGGAGGGGCAUGGAGCCACCCACGGCGAUUCAAACCCAACGGAAGACCCGGACCCGGGAUGGGGCACGCGACUGGCACGGGCGAUCGGAGUGGCCAGAGAGGAAGAGAAGCCUGGCGGGGGAGAUGACAGGGGCAGCGUGGGCGGUGUGGGAGCCUUCUACUACUACACCCUCCACACCUCCUUCACGGCACUUCGACUUAAGCUCAGGAGGGCCCAGCAAGUGGCAGGUGACGUGCGCGAGGAGGUGGCUGCCCUAGAGGAGAAGAUAUCCCAUCUCCACCACACACUCGUCACCCACUUCUCCCCGCGACACAACCUGUACGGCCACAAGUCUCAAAAGACAAAACGCCCUGCCCAGCAGAAGGGCGCCUCCCACACCUCCCUUCCUCCUGAACGCCCCAAGAAGUCCCACAAGGAGCCGUCUGAGGGCACGACGACGAGGGGAAACUUGAAGGCUUCUCAGAAACCGGAUGCUCGACAAGACAGCCACAAUCGCGUCUUCCCAGUGGUGGCGAUCGCGCCACCCACACGAACAGCGGCAGGUGUCUCCACGAGUGAGAUGAUGAGCUUGUCCUCUGCCGCGUGGCAGCAGCGGCACCUGCCCGGCCCGUCCACACGGAUACUCACGCAUUCUCCUUCUGCAGUCAGACUCCCUAGUGAAACACUACAAUUGUCAAAUCAAGUUCGAAAAACGCCUCAAACGCUAACCCCAGCCGCGCCACAAAGCUCAGUGAACGGCGUGCAAAAGGGUCCUCCGAGUGAGAACAGGACGGGCGCCACGCAGCUCGAGACGUCAAUGUUUGGAAAGAGGACCAGCGGUGCGGCAGACUGGGUGGGGCGGAGAACGUUGGGUGUUGGGGCGCGGCGUCACAGUGCUCCUGAGCCUCACGCGGAGGUUCGCCGCGUUGUGUCGGUGUUGAUGGUGGACGGUGACCCCGGCGCUGAGCUGCUGGCGGCCCUGGGGUCCACGUACCCUGGCCUGACGGUCCACCUAAUGACCAACACGCCUUCGUCACAUCCGCAGACUUCACGCGUCCGCCUUAGUGUACACAGCGUUGAGCCAAACACCACCUGGGCCGCCGCCUGCAGGCAAGUCCUCCGACACGUCACGACCCCCUAUGUGCUGGUGGCCCAGGGCGGGGCCUCACUGUCGCGGGUGUCCGGGCUCAGCCUGCUGGUGUGGGCGGUGGAGCACCUCGGAGUGUGGGCAGCGGGCGGGGGACUGCUCACUCCAUCAGGUCUGUGGCGUUCAGGAUGCCUCACCACCACCUAUGCUCACUACAAGGCGUCCUGGGAGCGUGGCCACUUGGGCACCACCGGAGGCUGCCACAUGUGCCAGGCGUUGGAAGGCCCCUUCCUGGCCCUCACCUCCGCCAUGCAUCACCUCGGCUGGGACACUCACUUGCCCACACACGUGGCACACCUCGACCUCUUCCUGCGGGCCGCACACUCCCACAACAUGAUGGCGGCCUCCUGUUCUGGGACGCUAUUCUCUCUCAGCAGUGAGUUAGGGACACCCACUCGCGCCAGCCUUCUUAGUCUCGCCCGCCAACACAGCUUGUACUCUGUGCGGCUACCUCAGAGUCCUCCGGUGCUCUUCUCAUGCAGCGAGAUCGACGCCAAAUGUGGGUCCCCCAGCCUCGCGCUGCCUCCUUGCUGCCGCCAGGAGUUGGCGCGCCUCGUCCGCUACAUGAUGGACACGUGUGAAGCCCACGGAAUGCUGUGCGAGCUGCAGGAAGGAUCGCUCCUCGGGGCGCUAAAGGUGGGGGGCGUGAUGCCGUGGGAGCGGGACGCAGACAUCACCUUCCACACCAAGAACUACUCGGCCCUGGAGGAGCUCAGGGACGUGUUUGACCGCGCCGGCUACGCCCUCCACCUGACGGACAACCGGUGGUGCUGCGUGGACGGGCGGUGGGCGGGCGGGCAGGGGUCUCUCGGCAGCGGGCGGUGGCGGGCCGAGCUGUGGAGCCAGCACGCCAUGGACUCCGAGGAUAACCUGCUGGCGGGGCGACCACGGACCAGGGUGGAAUUUGACGGAUCAUGGGUGCCCGCCCCGUCCAGCCCAGGCCAGUACGUGAGGAACCGUUACGGGUCUGAGGUGUACCGCCACGCACAGCACUGGCUCGAUACAGGUCGCAGCUCAGGCUGGGAUGAGUAUGAGGCUGGCAAGUUCCUGCCGUGCUCAAGCCCCGCCCACCAUGCCUGCCUCGACCAAUACCUCCCCGACGGCAACCUCAGGCUACUCCCCCUGUGCGUCGCGUGAGUCCGUGCCCGAGGGUGUGCAGCGUCUUGGCGCCGCCCACCCAGCCCGCCUGCUUUGUCAACACGUGCCAGUAUUUCAGCCUUUUAGCCUCACUCUCGUUGCGGCAAAAUCGUGCCAACUCGACUAUUGGUGAUAGUUAGCGUGCCAUGGUUGUGACCCCCCAGUCCAGUACCAUUACGUUCCAUGUUUCUCGGCUGGCGCGCCGUGACGGUGUCGGCACGAAAUACACACGGGACGGUCACACGCGCCAGCCAAGUACUCAGCGUCACGUUAGGUUAGUGGCCCACCACGUCUGUAGCGACACUUGACACGGGUAUAGUGAGAUCCGCCCCUUAACUCUUAAUGACUCGGUGUGACCCUUCACCACCACGCCUCCUGCCGACAGGUAUGGUGGAACCGUUGGUGUAUCAUGACGUCCGUAAUCUACAUAGAAUGUCUUCCCAACCUUUCCUUUAGCAAUAGUGAUAAUUCAAAGUAAGAAUGCAGCGUCUCCCUUCCUCCCUCCCUUCCUCCCUCCGUCCCUCCCCCUCGCCCCUCCUCUGAAGGACGUCAGCCACACGUUCCAACUCUAAGAACCAGAUUACACUCAGUAGCGGAGCUGACCCCGCCUGGACUGGCCGGGCAGCCCCUAGACGCCCGAAACCCACUGACCUCAUAGCGAAUAAGUACCACAAGUAAACACAAACAAGUAGCAAACUAGGUAGUUGUACAAUCAAAAUUUAUCAGUAAUUCUGUUAAAAACUUUUGUCAGCCUUCGUAUUCUCAUGCCUGAAAAUAUUUAUUGAAGCAAAACGAAGUUAAUAUCAACAGCUCAUUCACGGACAAAUUUCCAACAUAAUAAGGCGACAAAAGUUUUCCUUACUGAUCUAGAGUAGCAAUAGUUAAGUGAUUUAUACACAAACAGUAAAUCCGCCCUUGUUAGUUAUAGAAAGUCAAAGAAAACUGAUACUCGGAGAGAGAGAGAGAGAGAGAGAGAGAGAGAGAGAG